AUGAUCAUCAGUCUUUCAUGCUAAAUAUUAUAAUGCUUAAUAUUUCUAUAAAUGAAAUGUAAAUUUUUUCAAGCUAUAUUCCUUAUUUUGUUGUACCAAUUAUUUAAAAAAGCUAUGUACUAGUAAAUACUUUGUUCUAGGAACUUUUACUAUGGCUCAACUUUAUCAUUAAACAUUAGUCCAAAAUUGAUUUUUAAGUGUGAGAUAACCUUAUAUAACAUUUGCAAAGAUUUGCUUAAUUUGAGAAAGUUUUUGCCUUUUUAAGGUUUAUAAAAAGCUGUAAUUCUAAAUGGAUGGGAUAUGGCAUUUAAAACAUUAUUGUAUACACGAAAUAUUUAAACUAAUAAUUACUUAGAUAUUAUACAACUUAUUACUUUCAUUUUGAUGAAAUUUUAUAAAUAGAAUACUAUUUAUUUGACUGACUUUAACUUAUAAUGA